AUGGACGACAUCAGAGAGAAUAUUUUGCUUUCCAGAAGCACAGGAGAUGGUGCAGGACGUGGUCAGCGAGCACUGGUGGUGACAGCCGUGCUCACCGGCUUUUCGGUCCUUACUGUCGCUAUGCGGAUGUAUGCGCGUGUCGGCUUGAUGAAGCUGAAGGGUCGCGAAGAUUACAUGAUCCUCAUUUCUUUGGUCCUGUCGUGUACUUACCUUGGCCUGGUCGGUGCUGAGGUACAUUUCGGUCUUGGAAGACAUUCAUCCGCGCUUCCCGACCACGUUCUGAAGGACCAACUUAAGCGACUAUGGGCUUCGAUUCCAUUCUACAACGCCAGCCUGGUCUUCACCAAAUUCUCCAUUCUCUUUCAAUACUUGCGCAUCUUCCCCGACCGCCGUUUCCGACUGGCCUGUUACGUUGUGUUGGGCAUAGUUGCAGCCUAUGGCACUUGGGCGGUCGUCAGUGGCUUCUUGAAUUGCGUCCCCGUCGCUAGGUUCUGGGACCGGACCGUCUCAGGCUACUGUCUCAGCUUCGAAGCGGUCUGGUUCUUCAACGCUUCCAUGAACAUUGUAACCGACGUGACCUUACUGGUGAUGCCGAUGCCUCUUCUAUCCAGACUGCAGCUUCCACGCGCGCAGAAGUUUGCCCUUAUGGGUGUUUUCGCUAUUGGUGGAUUAGUUGUUAUCACCAGUAUUCUGCGUUUGUCCUCCUUGCACGCCGUUUCGCUGAGCAAGGAUACAUCUUGGAGCAACGUCGGCGCUGCCUACUGGACCGCCGCAGAAUGCAAUGUCGCCAUCAUCUGCGCGUGCCUACCCUUCCUGCGCCCGCUGGUCAGCCGCCUCUUCCCCAAGUUCCUGUCUACCGACAGCUACAACCGCUACACGCGCAAUCCAACCAUGUCCGCCAGUCGCAUAACCGCCACCCGCAUGACGGCGCAAUCCCACCGCCGCAAGGUCGAGCUCUACUCCCAGGACCGCGACUACGACAUGUACACCAUUGACGUCAAGUCCGGCGAGGCCAGCCACGGUGGCGCCGGCGGCGCCUUUGGCGGGAUUGAAGUCACCACGGAGAUGAUCCAGGAGUCGUCGCAGCACGGGGAGUCGACGAGCCAGCGACGGUUGGUGGUGGAUGUAUGA